CCUAUGUGUGGUUAUAGGCUUAUAGCGUGUGAAGUCCAAGACCCAUCGUGUCCUCUGGACCUCCGGGAAGCUCGGCUGCCACCUGCGAGCCCUGAUCUGCUGCGGUGAUAUAAAAGGACUCUGUUUAAACUUGACAGCCAAUUCUAUCGCUCAGUGAUUCGAUAAAUCUCCUUCGCUGGUAAAUUCUCUUUCAUUUGCAUACGUUAGGGGGUGAAGUUGUGGUUCUUGGGUUUUCUGGAAUCGCUGCGCACCUAGUGUUUGUUAAAAUUACUGUACGAAAUAUCAUUAUCAACAUCCGCAUUUGGUGAUCGGAACUAUUUUCAAGCUGAAGAGAACUUUGAGCUUUUUCUUUGAACUCAUCAUGUAUGGGGCAAGAGAGACGCUUUUCCUAUGUCGUAGAGGGUUGCAUCGUUUGUCUCGUGAUGGCCCUUCGGAAACCUUGAAGAGAAGGAUUGCAGAGUUGGAGAAGAUGAAGAUGAAGAAGAAGAAUCACAAGAAGGACGAUGUGUUUGUGGAGGUUCCUGAAUCAAAAUCGUUUCUUGACACAGCAACUAUGCCAAUGAUUCUCACUGUUGUUGGUACCGCCCUCCUUGCGAAGCUCCUCAUGAUGUAUGAUGACUCAAAAUCCCAAGAAAUGAUUGAGCGCAAAAUAAAGAAUGCCCCCCCUGGUCAAGGCACAGUUAGGAUGCUUUCACGUGAGGAAUGGGAGGAAAUUCGAGAGGUCAGGCCAAGGACUCCUUUUGAAUCCAAGCUUGCUCGUCCAAAUGCACGAAUAAGAACUGGAGAACCAUUGCGCAUGCAAGAUUUGAAGGAUUGGACAAUUGACGUGCUUACAGAUGCAGUCACGCGCGUUGAAGAAAGUGUUAAAAGCAAUUCAUGACUACUUGUGCUGGUGGGUGAAGGCCUAUCAAAUCCCUUCAACUAUUUUGAUCUCUAAAGGAAAUGGUUUCUCUACUGUGAGUAAAGAAUAUAAUAAAUUGUAUGGCGUCCCUUGACAAGUUUUUAUGCGUGGGAGCCAACAGCCAAGGCAAGUUUUACUUUAAAUCCACUAUGGUAUUUUGUCUAGACUCGGUCUAUUAUAGACAAGACACUCACACGUCGAUCUCUUUUACAUUUUUGUGUUUUGGGCAUAUGGUGACUGGGUCUAGGUAAGAUUUUUUUUUUUUUCAAUCAAUUACCUUGUAGAAUGCAUGAGCUGUGUGAAUCUUGUUAUUUUAAUCAACUUAUUGUGCAAUUUGUUUAUUAUAUUA